AUGAAAGCAUAUUUAAUAUUUUUUAUAGUAUUAUUUAAAUAAAUUUAAACAUUUAUCUAAGCACAGAGCUCAGUAGAUUUCGUAUAUAGCUCUAUUCCUUAUAAAGAAUAUGACUUAAAGAGUAUAAAUGGAACAUCUAGUGAUAUUAAAGUUGCAUCUUCAGCUAGUAUAGCAGUUAUUGCUAUUGGCUAAGGAGGAUUGAUGGUUAUAGAUAGUUCUUUUAAAAGUUAUUAUAUUUAACCUUCAGAUUAAAGUUUUGUGUAAACCGUUUAGAUUACAAAUGAUGCUAACUUUAUAUUUAUAGGAAUGAAAGAAAAGAUAGGUAUUUUAAGGGUUGACUAAAAAGAUUUUAGUGUUCAUAUGAUUAACCAAAUUGAUGAUCCAUCUAUAACAAUUGUAGAUAUUUAAUUAAGCUUAAAUGAAGAAAUUAUGUUUAUAAUUGGCUAUUUGGGAAUAUUAUAAUGGUAUGAUGUAAGAAAUAUGACUAAUAUUAUUUAACUUGGAUAGUUGAACUAUCCUUUAAUGGUUUUUUAUAAUGGACAUAUCUCUCCAAAUGAUAAUCUUUUUUACAUAGCCGCUGAUUAAGAUGGAUUACUUGCUUUCAAGAUUGAUAAAUAUUUAGAAAAUGAUAAUCUACAUGUAAAUCUUACAAGAAUAUUAAGAAAGCCAGCUAUUUCUAGCAUGGUAAAUUUUGUUAUCUAAAGUAACAACUAGUAUGUUAUUGCUAUAGAUAUGUGGGAAGGAAUUUUUCUACUUUAAAAUUUGAAUUAAUUGAUGCUAGUAGGAGAUAAUGUUGAAGAUCAAAAUGAAAGUAUUGUUAAUAUGAUCAUGCUAAACAUAACAACCACUUCUGAAUUUCUUUCUUCUAUAGCUAUAAGUUCUGAUGAUAAAUUUCUCUAUAUUGGUGCAAGGUCUUUGGGUAUACUAAUAUAUAAUAUAUAAGAUGUCCUUAAUCCUUAGUUUUUUUAGUAAAUUCAAUUAAAUGGGUAAUCUUUUUCAAUAGGCUUAUCUCCUAGAUUAAACAAUAAUAACAACAAUAAAUUUGAUAACUAAUACAUUUUUUAUUCCAAUUCCUUAUCUGUGUAUGUUUUUCGAAAAUAACAGCCUUAGCUUUUUAACUAAAUACCAAACUUAUUUAAUGUUUAAUAAUCUUAGAUGUUUACAUAAAGUACUUCUAAUUAUAAAUGGAGAUGCACAAUAUCUUAAAAUAAUAAUUAUUUUUUAGGUGGUUUUGACAAAGAUGGCCUCUGUGUAUUUAAAAUUUAAGUUAAUUCCUACACUGAAUAAAAUCCUUCCAAAAUGUAAUUAUAAUAUUAAUUUGAUUCGGUACUUCAAUAAAUAGUUAGUACAAACAAACUUAUGUAAUUUAGCUCUCCUGAUUAAAUUCCUUGGGGAUUCUAUGUUGAAAAUAUAUAUUUUUCAAAAAAUGACUAAUAUAUUUAUUUUACUUCUACAUAAUAUGAUUUAAAUAUAAUUGCAUACAGAUUUAAAGUUAUUGUUUCCGAUAAUGGUGAAUAUUCCUUUUAAUUUGAUAAAGCCUUAGUAUAUGAUUAAGUUUAUUAUAGUGAGUAAAUGGACUUAAGUGAAGACGAAUAACAUGCUGUAAUGUCUUACUAAGUUGGAAUAGCUCUCGUUGAUUUUGUGAAAUUCGAAGUUAUAUCUAUGUACAGUAAUUCAGAUGUAAUAGGUAAUUUUUGUGGUGCUGUUCUAUCUCAUGAUAAAAAACAUGCAUUGGCAGUUGCUAGAAAUGUUGGAUUAUUUAUUUACGAUACUUCAGAUAUGAAAAAUCCUAAAUUGGUUAAUCAAUGGAGGACAAGUGGUGGCGAAACCUUAAUGAGAUCAAAAACAGAUCAAAUUAUAUAUUUAAUUGACGGAUUUAAUGGAUUAGUGCUAUUAGACUCUACUUAAUUACCUCAGAUAGUUGUUAUUGGAAGCUUUAUCACAAAUGGCUGGGCAAAAUAUAUUUCCUUUACUUUAGAUGAGAAAUACGGAAUAAUAUCUACUACAGAUUCAGGAACUUUAACUUUGAUAGAUUUAACAGACAAAUAAAAUUUAAGAAUUAUAAUGAAAUCCACCAUCUAAUAGUAAACCUCUACAACAACCUGUGUUGAUUAAACAGGUUUAUCUUUUUUAUUCUCGACUAAUAAAUACGGAGUGAGACUGUAUAACUUGCAAAAUUAAGUGCUUAUUCAUGUUGAAAGAGAAGUUUUAAAUGGAGCUGAUACUUCUCUUCAAAUGAAAAGUAACGAAAAUUUUCUAAUAGGUUAGUCCUACAUAAUUAGGUUUACUUCUCUCUAUAAAAAGUAAAACUAAAUAAUUUCAUAAAUAUAUUACUACAAUAAUUUGUAGCUGAAAAGUUUACCUAAUUGGAUUGAUAUCGAUUAAAAUUAGAGUGAUCCUAAUUUAUAAAUUGUGCUAAAUCUAGUGAUUCCGAAAGAAUCUUUGGAUUUUGAAAACGACUUUUAAAGCUAUUUAAUUUUGGUUACUUAAACAUGUCUUUAGCUAGAUGAAAAAUCUUUUAUAUUUAACAACGAAGAUAUUACCACAACUCAAAAUGAAAGCGCUUUAAUCUUUUAAUUUCUUCAGCAUAAUGGUUACACAGAUAGGUAAAAUUGUGCAACUAACUUAUUUGACUCUACUUAAUAGCAAUACCUAAAUAUUUAAACAGCUUUUGCUGGAAUCAGCAUAGAUCCUGUAAGGUUUGAUAUGAUUUAAUAAUAUGUAACAGAAACUUUUAAGAGAUCAAUUAUUUUGAAUUAAUUUAUAUUUAAUGUUGAAAGCUCUUUGUAUUUUAACAUAACUAACUCCUCAUAAAUGAUUUUUUCAAACGUUAAAGAUGUUACUGUAAGUCUAACUCUAUCAAAUAAUUCUCCUUUUAUUUUCGUUCAAAAAAUAUAUCCCAGCUUAAUUAUUUAUUUUAAUGAGUAAUUAACUCAAAUGAAAAUAUAAGGGAUAGCAGGGAAAAAUGGAACUUAUAAUGAAUCAUAGUAAAUUUCAGUUUAAAUUAUUGAUAAUGUUAAUUAUGAUUUAAACUUAAACUUUAAUAUAUCUUAAUAAGUCUCAUUCUUAAAGCUUAAAUCUGAUAUAAUCUAGCAAAAAUCGAUUUAGGAUUAAGUUAAUAAGUAAUAUCAUUUAGCUGAACUCUAAAUUGAUGAUCAAUUCAUGAUCGAAUUUGAUUAGAACACAUUUUAGGAUACAGACUCCAUUACUUUAACAUACCAAAUACUAUAAAAAAUAAAUGGAGAAUAUUCUCCACUUUCUUCAGAUUCUUUUAUUAAAUUUGAUAGUUUAAACCUUCGUAUACAAGGAACCCCUCCUUCUAGCUAUUUAUUUCAAACUGUUUAUCUUAGAUUUCAAGUUACAAACGGAUAUACAAUCAAUUUUUAAGAUUUUUACUUAAGAAUAUACCUGAUGUCCUUCACCUACAUUUUUAACUUAUUAAUUCAAAUUUUAGGUCCAUUGGCUUUUGCUGUUGGAUUUUAUAAAUAAAGAUCUAUUUUCAUGAAUAUUUAUUUUAAAAAUAAAACUUUAUACUCAACAGAAACUGCUUAUGUCAAUCAAAUUUAUAGAAAAAAAAUAGCUAUUUUAGACUAAGAUUAUAGUAUUGCGAGCUUAUUUUUCUAAAAGUUUCUGAAAAAGAUUGGUCAAUCUUUAUAAAAAGUAACAGUCGUUCAAAAAUAAUUGUAAUCCUAGGUUUUUAAUAGAACUAAAACUCCAAAUUUAUAAGUGAAUUAAUCUAUGAAUUUCUCAUUUGAGAAUCGUAAUAGCAGCUUUAAUACAAAACAGUAAGAAAAUCCAGUUAUCAAAGUCUAAAAAACAUAAAUGUUUUUAGCAAAUGAAUCAUAACAAGCUUGCUUUGAUAAGCUUUUACUUGAUAAAAAACAGCAUGAUAAGAUUAAUUUAAGUUAAAAUAAUUAAGACAAAGAAUAAUAAAACUUAUAAAAAAGUUAAGCAUUAAAAAAAAAUAAAUCAAAAAAAUAAAAAAAUUCCCAUCAUUUUUCAUAAAAAUUUAGCUUGAAAUAAAAAUAAAUUAAGCAAUAAUUAGAAAUGUCGAACGAUAAUACUUCAUAAGUUAAAUUUAAAUAAACAGAAACAAUUAAGGAUCAAAAUGAAUAAAUAAACUCAAACUAAAAUCAAAAUACUUCAGAAGUAGAAUAAGAAAAUGAUUUAGUAAAUUAAAUAUUUUAAAAUAGUAAAUCAAAAUAUAAAGAAUCAUAGCAACUUUCAAGCAAACAAAUUAGGAAAUAAAAACUUCCUAAUCAAAUAUUUGAUAUAUAAAAUGAUAAUAGUUCUUAGUAUUCUCACUAGCUUAACUUUAAAAAAACAGAUACAAUUAAUGAUCAAAAUGAAUAAAUAAACAAUAUUAUUUAAAAUUUUUGCUUAUAAAAUGUCAAUAAUAGUCUGUACGGUUUUGUUUAAUUUUUAGUUAAAGGCACUUAAGACUCACUUAACUUGGAGAAAUUAUUUAAUAUUAUGAUCUAAUAAAACUUGACUAUUUAAUUAAAUAUGUAAAAUUACCAAAUAUAAAAUUAUGCCAAAGAUUUGUAAAAUGAAAAUAGCAGGUUUUAUUACUGCUUAAAAGCAAUAGUUGUGAGAUUUUUAUUAGAAAAUGAAAAAAAAACUCUUAAUGCCUAUCAACAGCUGAAAAAAAACUCUAUAAAAGCAGGAGAGUACUUAGCAAACGAUUGGUAUAAGGAUUAUGUUGAAGUUACAGCUACAAAUGAGUUAGACUAAUUUGGAGUACCAUUAGCAUUUUCGAAAACAACUUUAAAAAAUCAUGAAAUAGUUAAGUAACUAAAAUUGUUACAGAUGAUACCAAAUAUUUAAAAUACUAGUCUAAAUCAGUUCUAUUCUAUUUAAAAAUAUGGUAUAAAUCCAUUCUUACUUAAAGAAGUCCUCUUUGCUGAUGCUCUGGGCUUAGAUCUAGUCAACUCCAAAAAUAUAGUUAAAUGCUAUGGUGAAUCUCUUCAUUUAAAAAAGAAUGAAUUAAUGUCAGUAGAAGCUUUCGAAAAGAUAGAAGAAGGUUGCUGCUUGUUUUUAAGAAAGUUUUUUAAUCUUUAAUAUAAAAGUCUGCCCAUUUCUAAAUAUGUCUCUUUACCAAGCUGGUUAUCCUACGAUUACAAAAACGGUGUCAUAAUUUUGGAAGGAAUACCCACCAAGUUAGAUAUUAAUCAUUAUAUCAUAAGAGUUUACGAUAAUAUUCGCUUUGUUUGCUUCUAGUAUCAUUUGAUAAUCAAAGAUAAUUCUUAUGAUGUAGAUCAGGUUUAAGGUAAUACCAACUCAGUAGAUGAAUUUCAAAACUAAAUUAAAAAGUUUUCAUAAAGUUUUGAAAUAAUGAAUGCCUCUCAAUCUCCUCUACUGUAAACAAAAUAGGUAAUAUAGGCAAAUUAAUCUUCUUUUCUGAAAGAAAUUUAAUCCUAAAAAAUAGAAAACUUAGUAAAUAUAGCAUUUGAUUAAUCUAUCAAAAUAAAUUAUUCCAACCCUAGCUCAAUUAAUAUUGAUUAAAAAAAUGAUGAAAUUGAUGAAAAAGCUGACUAUAUAAACAGAUCAGUAGGUGAAUUAGAUAAUAAAGUUUCCUCUUUACCACACUUUAAGUAUGGUCCUUAGCUGAAAAUUCCUUCUUUUUAAAAUACACAAAAUCCAAUAAAUAAAAAUUAAUUUGAAGACACUAAAUAAUUGAGUAGCAAUUAAAUUUGA